CUCUAGAAGUGGGGGAGGAGCCCAAAAGGGAUUGUGGGAGAAAGGCUCUUUCCUUUCCGUCUGGCGGCAGCCAUCAGGUGAGCCAAGAUGGGUGCAUACAAGUACAUCCAGGAGCUAUGGAGGAAGAAGCAGUCGGAUGUGAUGCGCUUUCUUCUAAGAGUCCGCUGCUGGCAGUACCGCCAGCUCUCGGCGCUCCACAGGGCUCCCCGCCCCACCCGGCCGGACAAAGCGCGCAGACUGGGGUACAAGGCCAAGCAAGGUUAUGUCAUAUACAGGAUUCGUGUGCGCCGCGGUGGUCGCAAACGCCCAGUGCCUAAGGGUGCGACAUAUGGCAAGCCUGUCCAUCAUGGUGUUAACCAGCUAAAGUUUGCUCGAAGCCUUCAGUCCGUUGCUGAGGAGCGAGCUGGACGCCACUGUGGGGCUCUGAGAGUCCUGAAUUCUUACUGGGUUGGUGAAGAUUCCACAUACAAAUUUUUUGAGGUUAUCCUCAUUGAUCCAUUCCAUAAAGCUAUCAGAAGAAAUCCUGACACCCAGUGGAUCACUAAACCAGUCCACAAGCACAGGGAGAUGCGCGGCCUAACAUCUGCAGGCCGUAAGAGUCGUGGCCUUGGAAAGGGCCACAAGUUCCACCACACUAUUGGUGGUUCUCGCCGUGCAGCUUGGAGAAGGCGCAAUACUCUCCAGCUCCACCGUUACCGCUAAUAUAAGUAUGAUGUUUGUAAAAUUCAUACCUAAUAAACAAUUUAGGACAGUCAUGUCUGCUUAAAGGUGUUAUUUGUCUGUUAAAACUAGUCUGCAGAUUAUUUCAUGAAUGCUCUGUCAAAUUAUGGAAUUUAAAGUGCAAUAAUGUUUGAAGACAAUAAGUGGUGGUGUAUCUUGUUUCUAAUAAGAUAAACUUUCUGUCUUGCUUUAUCUUAUUAGGGAGUUAUAUGUCAGUGUUUAAAAUAUGCUAUGUGGUAUAAUAGGUGUCAAAUAAAUUCUUUAAAAGAGGAGUGCUGGAACUAGCCCUGUAGAUUUGUUUUGGUGCAUGUGACAAAACCUGCAACUUCAUUGGGAUAAUGUAAUGCUACGGUAGCUUACUUAAAAGUGGUUGGGUUUUUUGGAGUGUGGCAGUAUAAACUUCUAAAGAUUGAAUUUUGCUUAAGAUGUGGGGAGGAGAUCCUAACCCAAUAUCGUGGUCAUAUGCAUUCAACUUUCAAGCCCACAUUUUAAAAUUUAAGCCAGUGUUUGAUUUGUAUAAUUGCUGCUUCUGAAAGGGAAAAAAAAUACCCCUAAUGCUAUCCAUUUUCAGAAUAAGAAACUUGUUGCAAGAGGUUUCUCUUUCCAAACAAAAAAAGAGCCUAGGCUAAACAAAAUUGCUAAAGUGUUUCCACAGUAUCCUAUAAGUUCACAUUAAGAGUGAAUGCUGGUUUAAUCAUGUGGCUCCAGGGAAUUCAGCAUUUUGAACUUGUUGCAACAGUAUUCUGUGACAUGUAUGCCAAUAUAUUUUUGAAACAUGGGGUUGAGUAUUCAUUGUUUACCUUAAGGUUUGUAAGUUAGUAACAUGCUAGAGUGUAGCUGGUGACUUUUUGCUAAGUAUUUGCAAGGUUAGAAAAAGUCCUGAAUCCUGAUCAAUAUUUCAAAGUACUUAAUGCUAGUUUUGCAACCACUAUGAAUCCUCAAGCCACAUGGGCAAAUGUGUGAUUGUCUAUUUAAAAGUACUUGCUCAGUCAAGUUGUCUUGGGCAACUCCUAUAGACUACUAAAAAAAAGUUAUGUCGUCUGGCUAUUUUUCUCCCUAGUAAAACAACCCCCCAAGGAGUUGGGUCAUCAAUUAAGCAUAUUACCACAUUUCAUUGUUUCAUUCCUAUUAAUAUUAUCCAAGACUAGGCUGCUGUUUUCCAGGUUGAAGUUGAAUAUGGAGGAUGAAUUGCCCUUACUCUUCAAAUUCUGGGUUUGCUGCAUUAAACAGAUGUUUCAAUUUUAAGGUCUUAAUUGAUAACCCCCCUGAACUGAUUUUUUUCUCCAGCAAUUUCAAGAGUCAGUUCAUUGAUUUCCAAGAAAUAAUCCGAAGCAGGCUCAUAAAAACUUGAGAAUUAAAUUCCUUUUUACCCAACAACAAAAAAUUCAUACAUUAUGAUUGUGUGUAGAAGUUGUUCAACUAAAGGAAUAAAUGACUAUUAAACAAGUGGA